AACAUGGCCGACGUUGCUGCGAUCCAGAAGCAAGUUGAGUUCUACUUCUCCGACAGCAACUUUCGCCGGGAUAAGUUUCUGCAAGCGGAGACGGCAAAGAAUGCCGACCGCUUCGUGCCGUUCUCGGUCCUGUUCACGUUCAAGAAGCUGCAGGCGUUGACGACGGAUGCGGCCGUGCUGGCGUCGGCGCUCGAAAAGUCGACCGUGGUUGAAAUGAACGAAGACCGCACGGCCCUUCGCCGUAUCCAUGCCGCGACGUUGUCGGACGAAGACGCUAGCAAGCGCACUGUCGCAUUCAGCGGUCUUGGCGUGCUCCCACCGACGAUCGACCAAGUGAACGAAGCGUUCGACGCCGACAAGGUCGCGUACACGCGCAUUGUCAAAGCUGCAGGUCGUUUCUUUGGCGUGGUGCAUGUGGAAUUCAAAGACGAAGCGACCGCGGACGCUAUCCUGGCCGACAAAACGAUCGCGAUUGUCGGACGUAACCCUAAGAAGAUGCGCUUGUCCGAGUACUUGGCGCUAUCCCACGACGACAAGCGCGACUUUGAAAAGGGCAUCCAAGCGAUGCUCAAGGCGACCGGUGUGCCCGCGGACGCCACGUUCCAGGACACCGUGACCGCAUUGGAAGGACUGUGGGAUGACGACCGCGCUAAGAAGCCAUUGAUCAACUUUUUUGAGGACUUGCACGAGCUCAACUUGCUCUACCAGCAAGUGUCGGCCGCGGCGGAAGCUCUGGCAUAUUUCGAAGCUCAUCCCGUCGAAAUCCUUGGCACGAAGCUCUCGUUUGAGCUCGUGUCGGACGAAGAUGCCCUCGCCGCCCGCCCGCGCAAGGACUCAAAAAAGCGCAAGGUCGACAAUGCCGAUCGCAAGUAUGUGUGCAUCACAGCGAUCGGCAAGAGCGUUCGCAUGUUGGACGUGAAGGAUCUCGUCGUCCAAGCACUCGGUUCGUCUGGCGUCCGUGUCCCGUUUAUCGAAUUCCAGACCGGGUCAUCGCUCGCCAAGAUCAACUGCACGGACAACACGCAGGCGACUGCCGUGUACGAAGCGCUCUCAAACCUGACACCCGCGCCGCAAUUGGGAGGCAAGACGCCGCACUUCCACUUGCUCACCGUCGGCGACGAACCUGCCGUUGAAGUCGACUACGAAAACGGCCUGAUCGUCAAGCUCACGGGCGUGCCGUCGAACGUGUCCCGCGAUGUGAUCAAGGAGAAGCUCAACGAACUCCUCGGCGAGACUGGCGUCGUCGCGUACAUUCAGUUUCAGCUGGGCCAGACGGAAGCGCUACUCCGUGUCGAUGUCCCCAAGGCCGCGACAAAGCUCGUCGAGCUCAUCUCGUCCGGCGACAUGGCGGUGAAGGACCAAAAGAUUGGUGGCGCGGAAAUCUUGACCGGUGAUGACGAAAAGGCGUUCUGGGUCGAUGCGGAAACCGCCCGCCGUGCGCGAUUUGUCCAGACCGACAGCAACAAGCGUCAACGACAAGGCGAUUAUGGUGGCAGAGGUGGCCGUGGCCGAGGUGGUGGCCGUGGCCGAGGAGGUCGCCGUUAAUCUACCUAAACGUGAAUGCUAUAUAGAUACUCACCUCGUUGGUCC